AAAUUCUUCAUCCGCACACUCCAACCACCCGAGUCACUAGCUGCAAAUGCCCCUAGCUGUUCCUAGAAAAUAACAGCACAGAACAGAACAAUGAACACCCUCCCCCCGGCCCAACGCCGCCCGCGCCGCCGCCGCGGCAACCCCCGCUGCGGCCCCAUGCCCCCGCGCCGCAUCUCGCCCUCCUCCUACCGGAUCCCCCAAGACCUGACCCCAUCCCUCCCCGCCGUCAACCAAUCCGCCUGCCCACUAUUCACGCACAUCCCCGCCGAGAUCCGCAACAAGAUCUACUACUACACCCUCGAGUCGUCCUCCUCCUCAGAAACCCCCUCCGAUACUGCAGCCACCUACGCCCAGCAAGCCCUCUACUACCGCCCGGGCUUCAAGGCCCCGAAGCGGAUCUCGACCUCCCUCCUGCAAACCUGCCAGCAGAUCUACGGCGAGGCCUCGCUCCUCCCGCCGGCCAUCAACCGCCACACCUUCUGGUGCCACCGCCCGCCGCCGCACGUCCGCCACGCCGCCUCCCCGGCCGACUACUUCGCGCGCAUGACCCCCAAGCAGCGCGGCGCCGUGCAGGAGCUGCACUUCUUCACGCAGCAGUUCUUCCUCGAGGACUCGUGGGCGCAGGUGUGGACGUCGGUCCGGGAGAAUGAGGCCUGGCAGGCGCAGAUGCGCAAGGGGAAGCGGAAGCUGGAGGAGGCGCGGGAGACGCAUUCUGCCGGUGACGGCAGUGAGAACGGCGGUAUGAGUCAGGAAAAUGAGGUGGAAGGCCGGGAGAGCAAACGACGCGCCGGUCCACCGCCGCCGCCGCCGCCGCCGCCGAGGCUGGGGCUGGACCCCGACGAGACCUCGGAUGUCGGGGCCCUGGCCCCCAAGAGGAUGACCAUCACGCUCAGGCAUACGGACUGGUGGUUCUGGGAGGAUAACGAGCCGCUGGGGAUCGAUCCGUUCCGGCCGGGGAGGACGAGGGCGGAUGAGAUGGGGGUUCUUCCGCGGCGGCCGUUGACGGCUUGGGAAGAGGGCAGGGUGUGGGGGAAUCAGUUCAAGCUGCUGCCCAGUCUGGAGGAGUUGGUGAUUGAGUUUGAGACGGUGAUGCGGAAGAGGGACCAGCUGGAUGCGAUUGUGCAGAUGGCGCGGGACUGGCGGUUUCCGGUGGUGGUGGAGGAUGAGGAAAACGGGGAGAAGGUGUUUCUGGUGGCGGAGGAAGGGUCGCGGCGGGCGUAUACGUGGAUCGGGGCCAAGGAGGAGAUCUUGCGGAAUGUGGUCAUGGGGGCUGCGGGCAGGAAUAGGCAGCAGGAGGGAGGUGGUGCUGCGGGCGAUGCUGCGGUCAAGCCGCCUCCGAGGCUGGUGCCGUUCGAUGCGGAGAAGGAGUUCAAGACCGCUGCGGCUGCGAGCCAGCACCAGGAAGGCGAGGGAGACACUCUUACUGCUGAGCAGGGUGCGCCGAAGAAGAACGAGGACUUUGAUCCGGCGACGGAGGAGAAGUUCUACGUGGUCUUUCUGACGUGGCGGAGGCAGCGGAUCAAUUGACCUUGACGUCGGAUAGGCUUGAUUGCAACGACUGUUUAUCUGGCUGGCUAUGCCCUUCGGUCACGAUUCCAGUCGAUUUGUUUCAUAUGAUGUUGAUAAUAUGUAGUUCAUAAUGACCCCAGCACAUAUUAAGAUUCAACAGCAGUUGCGACUCAUCUAUCA